AAGGCUUCAUGGAGCCCCAGGGGGCGCAUCUGCUAACUUUGGAGGCGCAGGGACCUGCGCCCUUGGGAGACCCCCCGCCAGCCCAGGACGUGUCCUCCGCGGUGAUCCCUUCCACGGAAGGUGUUAGGAACAGUGGUGACACAGAGGAGUCCCGGAGCGUCGACGCCAAGCCCUGGUCUCCCGAGGAGGAGGCUGACGUCCGGGAGCAGGAGGAGCUGCUGGAAUGCCGCCGCCGCCGCCGCGCGCGCUCCUUCUCGCUGCCCGCCGACCCGAUCUUGCAGGCAGCCAAGUUCCUGCAGCAGCGACAGCAGCUUGCCCUGGAGCUGGGUGCGGAGGGCGGCGAGAGGGCCGAAGACACGCCGCACAGCCCGGGUGACUGCUGUGCCAAGUGCAAGAAGCGGGUGCAGUUCGCGGACGCGCUUGGGCUGAACCUGGCCAGCAUUAAGCACUUCAGCGAGGCGGAGGAGCCUCAGGUGCCACCAGCCGUGCUUUCUCGUCUCCGCAGCUUCCCCAUGAGCGCGGAGGACUUGCAGCAGCUCCCUGGCCUUCUGAACGCGGCUGCCGCGCCCCUUUCCGCGCCGCCUGCACGGCUCCGUCCUCUCUUCGAGCUUCCCGGGCCGGGAGCCGCGGCCGAGCGCCUCCGGCGGCAGCGGGUGUGCCUGGAGCGAGUGCAUUGCUCUGCGCCUUGGGGCGCGGAGGUGACGGGCUCCGGCCGAGUGCUGGGCUGCCCCGGGCCGAGGACCGUGGCCGUGCGCUACACUUUCACGGAAUGGCGCUCUUUCCUGGACGUGCCCGCGGAACUGCAGCCCGAGCCAGUGGAGAUACAGCUGCAGGAGGCGCCAUCGGGAGAACCUAGGCCGGAGAGUGCGGAGGAGGAGCCGCGCGCCGAGCGCUUCCAUUUCUCUCUGUGCCUGCCCCCGGGUCUGCAGCCCAAGGAGGGGGAGGAGAUGAGCGCGCCGGACGUAGCUGUCCACUUUGCAGUCUGCUACCGCUGCUCGCAAGGCGAGUACUGGGACAACAACGCGGGGGCCAACUACACGCUAUGCUAUGCGCGCCCAGCCGACGCUCUCUGAGCAGCCCGAGCGCGCUUCCAGGGACUGUGGGAAGGGAGUGCGCCAGGUGACUUGCCCGGACGCCUUGCUGAGCGUCGUCCACCUUGAGUGAAGGGAUCGUGGAAGGAAGGGAGGGAGCCACUCAAUCGUAAAGUCGCACCCAGGCAGAUUCUGCGAACAAGCAUGGUGAGCCGCGGCAAAGCACCCGACCUCCGGCCCUUGUUCUCGUCCCUCAGGCUUUCAUAACCGGCCUCUUGACUUCUAACCCUGCAUCAGAAUGGAAAGAAAUCCUCAAGACUCUGACCAGUAGCUUUCUCCAAGAAAAAGGCUCUUGACCCCCUGAGCGAGGCUCUAGGACCUUGGGAAGUGUUUUUAACUGUCAACAUCGUGUUUCAGUCUUUGAAGCUUGCUGGAGAGCACUCAGGACUCAGGGAGAAGACGAAGCAUCCCGCCACAUCUCCCCAAAGGAAGGUGCUGGACUGUGGGUGUGCGCGGGAGCCUUCCCUCGGGGUUCUUUCUCAGAGAAAACCGGGUGGGGCCUUGGACCGCGGUCCUUUGCUCUUAACGGGACUCGGGGAGGCGUUUGUCCGGCCUUGACGAUCUUUACUUGUGCCUUUGUACAAAUGCGCUUUAAAAAAGUAAAAGCCGCUUGCACACCUUUUAUGCUCCACUUUAUAAUUCAGCUCCUGGGGGUUUGGGAGGUCUUGACAGGUAGGGGAGCUUCCUCGGCUGAUGACGUGUGCAGUUUCACAGUAGUUAAGCAGUGGUAAUACUGAAUUUCCUCACUCCGGUCCCUCCUGUCUGUUGUAAAGGCCUAAAUUUCCCAGACUGGGCAAAAAAUAUUCUUUAAUAUGUUUCGUGGCAGGGUUCUGUCCCCCACUGAAAUAAGUGAAUCGAAACGCCAGAGUAAUCCAGUGGGCCUUGGCUGCUAGCCGCAGGAGCUGGGCGCUCAUCUCUAGCCACCUUUGUGCAGGCAGAGCACAAAGCCUGGGUGCUUCCAGGCCAUUAGCAGUCAGUGAAGCUGGACCCAAGCGCAGUGGAUAGAGAAUGAAAAGUUGGUCCUCUGUCCCAUCCGAGCCACAGCAGGUAGUGGUGAUGUGAUGCAUGAUGAAACAUCCCCAGCAAGUAAAUGCUCUUACCCAGAUGGGUGCCCCACACAUGGCAGGACUGGACCCGGAUGUGGUCACCCUUCAUGCACUGCUGAUGGCUGUGGAUGUCCAAAUGGGGUGGCCAUGAAUGAGCAGGACGGAUGGGCAUCCUGGAUGAGGGCUCCAUUCCUUUACACCUUGGUCAUCCCUUGGUAAUUAAUUUGUCUUUCUUUCGUUUUCGUGUUUUCUUGCAAUGACUACUACAAGCAUUUGUUUUGUAAUGGUGAUCUUUAGGGCAGAGGGGCAGUUUCACUAUCGAAUAAGGGUGGGUCAAAUUCAGCCUGAAGCCUGUUCUUGUAGGGCCUGACAGCUAAAAAAUGAUUUUCACAUUUGUAAACAUUUGGAAAAAUUCAAAAGAAUGCUAUUUUGUGACACAUGAGAAUUAUACGAGAUUCAAAUUUCAGUGUCCAUAAAUAAGGUGUUAUUGGAACAUAGCCAUGGGCCUUUAUUUACAUGUAUUUAUGAUGGCUUUUCUGCUACAAGAGCAGAGUUGAGUAGAUGCAACAGAGGCCAUAUGGUAAGGCCUAGAAUAUUUAGUAUCUGGACCUUUACAGAAAGUGUGCCAAUCCCUGCUCUAGAGAAGCAGUAUUUUUUAAACA